CAGAAAGGGCACUCCUUCCAUCUGCUCCGUAGACCUAUCAACGUUAGGGGGCGUGGCAUCAGUCCACUUUUGCCCUUCUUCCGCCCUUCUUCCGUCUUCCUUGUAGAUCCCGUGGUUGUUGUCUUGGCCCCUUUUACCCGUUGACUCCUCCCCCUCUUCCUUGUCAUGAUCAUGGCUGCCGGUUGUGAAGAACCUUUUCCCUUCCAUGGGCUGCUUCCCAAAAAAGAGACCGGCGCGGCGUCCUUCCUCUCCCGGUACCCACACUACGAUGGGCGCGGGGUGCUGAUCGCUGUGCUGGACACCGGGGUGGACCCGGGGGCACCUGGGAUGCAGCAAACAUCUGAUGGAAAGCCGAAGAUAGUAGACAUUAUCGAUACAACUGGAAGUGGUGAUGUAAACACCAGCACUGUAGUGGAACCAAAAGAGGGAGUAAUAUUGGGCCUGUCUGGUAGGACUUUAAAGAUUCCUGCACACUGGCAAAAUCCAUCUGGCAGAUAUCACAUAGGUGUUAAAAAUGGAUUUGAUUUUUAUCCAAAGGCACUUAAAGAGCGACUCCAGAAAGAGCGUAAGGAGAAGUUGUGGGAUCCUGUUCACAGAGCUCUACUAGCAGAAGCUUGCAGAAAGCAAGAUGAGACCGACACAAGUCCGAAUACUCCAACUUUGAUGGGAAAAUUGAUAAAAGAAGAUAUUCAGAAUCAAGUUGAAAUGCUUAACCUAUUUGAAAAAAAAUAUAGCGAUCCUGGCCCUGUAUAUGACUGCUUGGUGUGGCAUGAUGGGGAGACGUUGAGAGCAUGUAUGGACACCAGUGAGUGUGGAGAGCUGGACACUUGCACUGUGUUAGGAAAUUACAGAGAAGCCCAAGAGUAUGCAUCCUUUGGGACAACAGAAAUGCUGAAUUAUUCGGUCAACAUUUAUGAUGAUGGGAACCUGCUUUCAAUUGUAACAAGCGGUGGUGCUCAUGGGACACACGUGGCCAGCAUUGCAGCAGGAUUUUUUCCUGAUGAACCUGAAAGAAAUGGAGUUGCUCCCGGAGCACAAAUUCUAGCAAUAAAAAUCGGUGACACAAGAUUGAGCACAAUGGAGACAGGCACAGGGCUUAUAAGAGCGAUGAUUGAAGCAAUAAAAUAUAAGUGUGACCUUGUCAAUUACAGCUAUGGGGAAGCCACUCACUGGCCAAACUCCGGGAGAAUUUGUGAAGCUAUUAAUGAAGCAGUAUGGAAGAACAACAUUAUUUAUGUCUCAAGUGCUGGCAAUAAUGGCCCAUGUCUUUCAACUGUUGGCUGUCCGGGAGGGACUACUUCUAGUGUUAUUGGUGUGGGGGCAUAUGUUUCUCCAGAUAUGAUGAUAGCAGAAUAUUCCCUCCGAGAAAAAUUACCUGCUAACCAAUAUACCUGGUCUUCAAGAGGUCCAAGUACCGAUGGAUGCCUUGGAGUCAGUAUAAGUGCCCCUGGAGGAGCCAUAGCAUCUGUUCCAAAUUGGACCCUGCGUGGCACUCAGUUGAUGAAUGGAACAUCCAUGUCUUCUCCCAAUGCUUGUGGAGGCAUUGCACUAGUAUUAUCUGGCCUCAAAGCAAACGGAGUCCCAUACAAUGUUCACUCAGUUAGACGAGCACUUGAAAACACGGCUAUGAAGGCAGAAAACAUUGAAGUUUUUGCCCAAGGACAUGGUAUAAUUCAGGUUGACAAAGCUUAUGACUACCUCAUGCAGAACGACUCGCUAACCAGUAAGAUAGGAUUUACUGUUACAGUAGGAAAUGGCCGUGGAAUUUACCUCAGGGAUCCAGUACAGGUUGUUGCCCCAUCAGAUCAUGGUGUAGGCAUUGAGCCAAUGUUCCCAGAAAAUACAGAUAACUCUGAAAGAAUUUCACUUCAGCUUCACUUGGCACUUGUCUCUAACGCUUCCUGGCUUCAGUAUCCAAGUCACUUGGAACUAAUGAACCAAUGUAGACAUAUAAACGUCCGUGUGGAUCCUCGUGGUUUACGUGAAGGGGUGCAUUACACAGAGAUUUGUGGCUAUGAUGUAUCUGCUCCAAAUUCUGGUCCGUUAUUCAGAGUCCCAGUAACUGUUGUCAUUCCAGCAAAACUUAGUGAUUCUACAUAUGACACAGAGUACAAAGAUAUUCAUUUCAAACCUGGACAGAUUCAGCGCCAUUUUAUUGAAAUCCCUCAAGGUGCCACAUGGGCUGAGGUUACUGUGACCUCUCGCUCUGUGGAUGUCGCUUCCAAGUUUGUUCUUCAUGCAGUUCAAUUAGUGAAACAGAAAGCUUACAGAAGUCAUGAGUUUUACAAAUUUACAUCUUUGCCUGAGAACGGUUCUGUGACGGAAGCAUUUCCUGUGCUGGGGGGCAAGACCAUUGAAUUUUGCAUUGCACGUUGGUGGGCAAGUCUUAGUGAUGUCACUGUUGACUAUUCCAUUUCUUUUCAUGGAGUUUCUUGUGGACUUUCACAGCUCAAUAUUCAUGCAUCUGAAGGGAUCUCUCGAUUUGACGUGCUUUCUACAUUAAAGUAUGAAGACUUGUCUCCCAGCAUAAGUUUAAAGAAUUGGGUGCAAACAUUAAGGCCUGUCAGUUCCAAGACCAGACCCCUUGGUGCCCGCGAUGUUUUGCCAAAUAACCGCCAAUUAUAUGAAAUUAUUUUAACAUAUAACUUUCAUCAGCCUAAAUGUGGAGAAGUGACACCUAGCUGCCCAUUACUCUGUGAGCUGUUGUAUGAAUCGGAAUAUGAUAGCCAGCUUUGGAUUAUAUAUGACCAGAACAAAAGGCACAUGGGCUCCGGAGAUGCAUAUCCCCAUCAGUACUCUGUGAAGCUUGAAAAGGGGGAUUAUACAAUACGGAUGCAGGUUCGUCACGAGCAGUUAAAUGAGCUGGAACGCUUGAAAGACCUUCCCUUUGUGGUUUCCCACAGAAUGUCCAAUACUUUGAGUCUGGAUAUAUAUGAAAGUCACAGCAUGGCCCUCUUGGGGAAGAAGAAGGCUAACACUAUAACAUUACCACCAAAGCACAGCCAGCCUUUCUUUGUUACAAUGCUACCUGAUGAUAAAAUACCUAAGGGUGCUGGUCCAGGCUGCUAUCUAAGUGGCACGCUCACAUUGUCUAAGUCAGAGCUUGGCAAGAAAGCCGGGCAGUCUGCAGCAAAACGACAAGGAAAAUUUAAAAAGGAUGUGGUUUCAGUUCAUUAUCAUUUGAUACCAUCUUCAAAUAAACCAAAGAAUGGAAAUAAGGAUAAGGAAAAAGAAGCAGAGAAAGAAAAGGAUGUCAAGGAGGAGUUCACAGAAGCUCUACGAGAUUUGAAGAUACAGUGGAUGGCAAAACUUGAAAGCAAUGAGCUCUUCAACGAACUAAAAGAAUCAUUUCCCAAUCAUCUUCCCUUGUAUGUGGCUAGACUUCAUCAGUUGGAUUCUGAAAAGGAACGCAUCAAACUUAUCAAUGAAAUAAUUUCAUCUGCUGAUGAGGUCAUCUCUAGAAUCGACCAGACUGCUCUUGCUUUUUACUUUGCCAUGAAGACGGAUUCAAGACCAGAUGCAGCCACUAUAAAAAAUGACAUGGACAAGCAGAAAAAUACCCUUAUUGAUGCCAUGUGUAGAAAAGGGGUUGCCUUAGCGGAUAAAGUGCUCCACCAACAGUCUAAGGAGGGUGCUGCUUCAUCUGAUUCUGAUGGAAGGGAAGAGGAUCUUGAAGUAGCUUUAGAAGCCUUAAAUGAAACAUACUGGGAAGUGACUAAAUGGGCUGAUGUAUAUGACUCAAAGGUGUUACCAUUUGUCUAUAAACAUAACUUGGCAAAUAAAUUAUAUGGCCGAGGCAUAAAGUCAGCUACAAAGCUUGUAGAGGAGAAGCCAACAAAGGAGAACUGGAAAAACUGUGUCCAGGUGAUGAAGUUGCUUGGGUGGACCCAUUGUGCAUCUUUUACAGAGAACUGGAUCCCAGUCAUGUAUCCACCAGAUUACAAUAUUUUCUAAAAUCAUGCCCAAAACUAAAAUGGUUUUAUAUGGAAGUCUUAUAAAUGGAAAUAUUUAGAGCUGUGUAUGAUUUUUAUAUUUGUUUUUUUUAGUUUGUUUCUUUUUUUCCUAUGCAUGGCAUUUGUUAUUGUAAGGCAUCUGUUAAUCUGUGUGCUUAUCUGCCAAUUCACCCUUGUGCUUCAGUGUGAGGUAUCUGGAUGGGUAUGAUUUUUGCAUGCCUAGUUGAGUAUUUUAAACAGAAGAUCAGGAUUUUACAGUUGGCACAUUUUACCAUUUUAUGUUUAGCAUAUCAAUGCCUUAAUCCUUCCAAAUAAGUCAGUUUAUUUAUUGGUUCCAAAUAAUUACAUCCUGACAGCUGCCAACAGAGUGGAAGCCGCCAUUUUGUUGCCGAAUUUGAUUUCAGGAGAAUCCAGUGUUUACACUUAGCAUAACCUUGGACUGGCACAGCAUAAGGAGCCACUGUAAGCAACUGUUACAGCACAGAGCAGUUUACAUCUACAACAAAGGAACGGCUUUAUUUUAAGAUUCAUUUUAUAAUAAAGGGGCAGUCACAUUAUGUUUUUCACCUCAAUGAAAUAUUGUCCCUCCAUGUUUGAGUAGUUCUGCUUUUAAGUCUUUUUUUUUUUCUUUUUGCAUUUACUCUAUGUAUAAAAAAAAAGAUGACAUAACUCAUGUAGACAUUAUAGAAGUUUAUUCAGGCAGUAGCAAAACCUGUAUAUCAACAAUGGUGUGCCAGGCAUUUAAUGCUCUUUAUUCAGGUAUACUGUAAAGCUAUACAUAUGUUUAUCAACAGAAUGAUGUAAAAUAAAGCAGAAAACACCAUGCACACAGCAGUAUGUAACAAAUUCUGGUAUCUAGAUUGUUUUUUACAUUACAUGAAUUAUAAAAUGAUCAUGGCGUCUCCAUUAUUUGUGUGUAUUUUCUUUUUCACAAAGAUGAACUAGUUAUUUCAUUAUGGCACCAGUGAACAAGUGUACACAGCAAUGAGGGAAAUCCAAAGGAAAGGGGCCCUUAGCAACCUGUCAUGUACACAAUCUUUCUUAUUGUGGUUAAACAUGGGGAGCUCUUUCAACUAUACCCUGUAACAGUUGAGAAAAAGGAGUGCUUCAAUCUAUGACCCUUAAAGAGAUACCCGCUGCUACCACUUUUCUUCUUACAUGCUUCCUCAAUGAUGCUUUUUAUGUAUAUGCUGUAUGUUUUUGGCUAAAGAAAUCAGAAAUUGUCAAUUGGGGAGUUAAAGGGGUACUUCGGUGGAAAUUUUUUUUUUUUUAUCUACUGGUUUCGGAAAGUUAAACAGAUUUGUAAAUUACUUCUAUUAAAAAUGUUAAUCCUUCCAGUAUUUAUUAGCUGCUGAAUUCUACAGAGGACAUUUUCUUUUUGGAACACCGAGCUCUCUGCUGACACCAAGAGCACAGUGCUCUCUGCUGACAUCUCUGUCCAUUUUAGGAACUGUCCAGAGUAGGAGAAAAUCCCCAUAGCAAACAUAUGCUGCUCUGGUCAGUUCCUAAAAUGGAUAGAGAUGUCAGCAGAGAGCACUGUGCUUGUGACCUUGAGACUGAAGCGCAAUGCAGUCAUUUUCCCUGGCUUAUAUUGCAUCAGAUCUUAGGAGUGAGACUUGGUAUUAGUAACUUCUUUUGACACCCCUGCGCAAUGUCAAAAUGGGUGAUAUAAAGCCUUCUGGUCAUUAAAAACAACUUUACAGUUUAAGGGUGUGUUCACACAUUCAGUUUUUUUAUUGCAAUUAUUGAAUAGAAAGCCAGGAAUGGAUUUGGAAAGAGUAGCAUUAAUCUUUCCUUUUUACAUGCCUUUGUAUUCAGUAAUUGCAAUUAAAAACCUGAAUGUAUAAACACAGCCUAAAGUAAAGAAUCAUGUAAUGAUCAUGUAAAAAGAAGUGCCCGGUACUGUUGAGGUGGUAUUUCUAACUAGCCAAUGUGCCACUAACUGUGGUUGCAAACUCCCUCUGGAUACAGUGUCAAACCUGUUCUUGGUUACAUUGGGUUUCCAUAGCUGGACCGCCACACACAAGCGCUAUUUAUCAGAUACUCUUGUUAAAGUACAACACCCAUUUUUAUUAAUAAACAUCCAGUCUUUACAAAUAUGUCAAACACCACUUUUUUAUGGAAUUGUAAUUGCAAAUUGGCACAAUCCUCAAAACUCCUGAAGUUUUAUAUUUUAAUGCAGCUUUUUCAGUCUGAAUGGAAAGGUAAGUAUCAAGUCCCAAUUGAACUCACUCCUGGCUUUGGCUAAAAUGCAACAAAAACUGACAUGAAAACUGUAUGUUGUGAUUCCAACCCAAUUCUGUUGAGGUUUUAAAGUGACUACAUUGUGUGUGAAUUUCUAUAAGAGGUGUUAGUUAUUAAUCUUACAGAUAAAUGAGGUUUGGUUUGACUGUGAAGUCUGUCUAAUCAGCACAUGGCCAGGAACUAUACUAACCCAU